AUGGCGGAUGACAAGGCCAAUCGCGGGGCUCUGGUCGUGGUUGAAGGGCUGGACCGCGCGGGCAAGUCCAGCCAGUGCGAGCUGUUGUACAGGAGUCUCUUGGACAUGAACUACAAGACCAAGUAUAUUCGCUUUCCAGACAGGAGUACGCCUAUCGGCAAGCAGAUCGAUAGUUAUCUACGCGGCCAAUCGCAAUUAGAUGACCAUUCGAUCCAUCUGCUCUUCUCGGCCAACAGGUGGGAGGUUGCGCAGAGCAUUCACGAUGACAUCAACAAAGGCAUCACAGUCAUUGUGGAUCGCUAUUCAUUUUCUGGCGCUGUAUAUACGGCGGCCAAGGGUAACCCGAAUCUAUCGCUUCACUGGGCAUGGCAGCCCGAGGUUGGCUUACCUCGUCCCGACCUCUGUUUGUUCCUGAGCAUAUCGCCCGAAGAGGCUGCAAAGAGGGGGGGCUACGGCGUGGAACGAUACGAAACCGACUCGAUGCAGACCCGGGUGAGGAAUUUGUUCCUCUCGCUCCUGGACCUGCCACAUAAUGAUGAAAUCUGUGUCAUUGACGCGGGACGUUCGGUGGCAGAAGUAGCGCAAGACAUCCUAGAACCGGUUCUCGAGUGCAUGAAAAAUGUCGACUCUAUAGGGCCGCUGAAAAAGCUUGGUCCAUGGUCAUUCAUCCCUAUUGGUGACAACUAA